AUGGCUGAUUUUGGGGAGAUUCUAGAGGCUAUUGGAGACUUUGGGCUAUUCCAAAAGCUUGUACUGUUUGCUCUGUGCUUUCCGAACCUCAUACUGCCUUUUCAUUUUGCCAGCCUUGUUUUCAAUCAUGCAGACACAAACCACCAUUGCAACACUGAUUGGAUUCUUCAUAUAGAUCCUAAUCUGACGAAGGAAGAGCAGCUUAACCUGACUGUGCCGAGGCUCCCGGAUGGAUCUAUCAGUGGAUGUGAGAUGUACAUGCCUGUGAAUUGGAAUCUCACUGCUAUAAGGAAAUAUGGCUUGAAUGAAACCACCACUUGCACUGAUGGGUGGGUGCACAAUGAUACCAUUUAUGAGGCAACAAUUGUCACAGACUUUGAUCUUGUUUGUGACAAUGCAAAUUUAUUUCGGGGAGCACAAACAAUAUUGUUGGCUGGAAUUUUAGUUGGAGCUCUACUCUUUGGCCCCUUUUCAGAAUCGUUUGGACGUAAACGAGCAACACAGAUACCUAUGGUGCUCAUGCUAAUUUUCACAGUGGUGACUGGUCUUUCUCCAAACUUUGAGGUGUACAUCACAUCUCUGUUCUUUGUUGGUAUGUCUUAUGGUGGAUUUCGGGUCAACUGCAUCAUCCUUGCCACUGAGUGGAUUGGAGUUGCCCAGAGAUCCUAUGCAGCCUGUCUGAGUCAGGUACUAGGAGCUUUGGGGCAGGUAAUUUUUCUGGGCCUUGUGUAUUUCGUUAGGGACUGGAGAAAGGCCCAGUUUAUAAUGGCUGGCCCAAUUGGAUUUGUAGUACUCUAUAUAUGGUUUAUUCCAGAAUCUGCUAGGUGGCUUCUUGACCGUGGAAGAACUACAGAUGCAAAAGAACUAAUUCAGAAGGCAGCUACAAUCAACAAACGUACAAUUCCUGAUUCAUUAGUGGAAAAGGUCUUAAAAGAAAAGUCUGUUGAAAGAGGGGGUAUAAAACCCCUGUUUACUUCCCAUGUGCUCAGGAAAUAUUUCUUAAUCAUUACCUUCGGAUGGUGUGCACUAAGCCUAGCAUACUACAGCCUCUCUUUAAAUGUGGGGAGGUUUGGCCUUGAUAUUUUUCUCAAUCAACUCAUAUUCGGACUUGCUGAGUUGCCUGCCAACUUCCUUUGCAUGUGGUUGUUGGAAACAGUUGGAAGAAAGGCAUCUCUGAUGGGUUCUCUUCUAUUGGGAGGCUUUAUCUGUCUCCUGAUUCUUGCAGUACCACAAGGUAAUAACAUUGCCAUCACUGUUCUUGCCACAACUGGAAGAUUUCUUAUGAACGCAGCAGGCAGUAUUUGCAACAUUUAUGUCCAAGAACUGUUCCCUACCUCUAUCCGUCAGACAGCCACAGGGCUGGGUAUCACAGCUGCUCGAGUUGCAAGUAUGUUGGCACCUGUGCUGAACGUGCUUGAGGUCUACCACUAUUCUAUACCCACUGUGGUAUUCAGCAGUCUAGCACUAGCAAGUGGGGCAUUGGCCUUCUUGCUGCCUGAGACCAGACGCACUGAGCUGCCUGAUUCCAUAGAGGAGGCAGAAGUCACAAGAAAACCAAAAAACACAAAUCACACAACUGGGGAUUGUGAAGACAUCCAAGCAACCAAAUUAUAACCCCUAAACUUCUUGCCA